CCCUGUCCUCGGCUUUGCCAAAUGAUCAAGGUUGGGCGCUUCGAGAUCGCCACCGAGGAGCUCCUCGGCUCAGGCGGCUACGGCAAGGUCGUCGCCGCGCGCGACUCCAAGAGCGGCGAGCGGGUGGCGGCAAAGCUGGUGGAUGCGCGGAAAAUGCGCAAGGAGGCCGUGCAGCACGAAGUGGGGCUGCUCGAGAUGCUCAAGCACCCGCACAUCGUCGGCCUCCGCGGCUUUGAGGCCGUCUCCCGCGGCGACUGCGUCAUCUUUAUGGAGUUGGCGGCGCACGGCGAGCUCUUUUCGCGUGUGCUGCAGCAAGGCCCGCUCACGCAACGCCACCCCCCCCACCUCCGACGCCCCCUGCCGGCUCCUCGCCACAUGGGCUCCGCCUAACGCCUGGUCAUCGCUUGCCCAGCGCCAUGCACAGUCGAGGACGGACGCACAGCGACACGUCCGCGACACGUCCACGAUGCGCCCAUCUCCAGGCUCGCUCACCGAGGAGGACGGGCGGUGCUACUUUGCGCAGCUGAUGUCGGCGGUGCAGUACAUGCACGACCAGGGCGUCAUACACCGCGACCUCAAGCUCGAGAAUGUGCUGCUUAAUCACGCCGACGACUGCAAGGUCUGCGACUUUGGCCUCGCCCACCUCUUUCGGCGCGAGCGCGGCAAGAUUGUGCGCGAGCAGCUCAAGGAGAUUUGUGGCUCAAAGUCGUACGCCGCACCUGACGUGCUCGUCGGUCGCGGCUACGACGGCGCGGCAACUGACAUUUGGUCGUGCGGCAUUUGCUUGUUCGGCUGUCUCGCCGGUUUCUUCCCGCUGGACGGCGCGACAACGCAGGAUUGGCGAUUCGUGCGCGUGUGCAAGGCCGUCAUCCAGGGCCAUUCGCUUACGCGCACCGUCUUCAGCUUCUACAACCGCGAAUGCCCGCUCUCCGCAGAGGCGGUCCACCUAAUCGACGGCAUGCUCUCGCUCAACCCGACGAAGCGUUUCACCAUAACCGAUAUCCUGUCCCACCCGUGGCUGCGCAAGAGGCGCGCCGUCUCGUUCGGGCAGGAGAACAUGCGCAUCCCCGAGUUCAAACGCAAGGGAGUGAUCAGCGAUUUGCCCGACUAUCGCACGCCGUACCGCACUUCGGUCGCCGCCGCUGCCGCUGUCGCCGCCGCCACCGGCGCGGGCGGCAGCGCCGGCUUCGUGGUGCCCACGGGCGGGCAGACAAUAGGGCACCAGGAGAGUAUGGAUUUGGAGGAGUACGGCCGGUUGAGACAUGAGUCGGCGGGCGAGCUACCCAACUACCGCGGCAGCGCGGGCUCGGACGCGCGCAUUUCCUGGAUCGAGGCGACCGCCGUCGCGCCCGAUCUUGGGCCGAGCUCCUCCGAGGGGGCCGGCCCGCCCCUCUCUCUCCAGCGGCAGCACGCUUUCCUGGGCGCCCUCCCUGAGGGCGACCCGAGGCCGUGACAUGGCGUGAGCUUUUGGUUUUGUGCGCUACGCGUUGGACCAAUAGUACGCGGUCGCGGAGCGUGAUCCCCUUUCCGCGGAGUAGUCAUGAUGUUCUGAACUUCUGAUGACGAUAGCUCGUCUCGCCGUUACGCCGAAGUCUUCAUCUCAUGACU